UAAUACAGUUAAUAUGUUUUCAGAAUCUGUUAUGGCUGGACACUAUGCUGAGGUAUUUUCUCAACAGCUUUGUUAGAGGGGUGAUGAUCCCCCGGAUUUCCUGAGUUAAAGCAAUGCAAAGUGGCGGGGUCCUAGGUCAUACGGUAUCUUGCCUGGAUUGCUGCAUUUUCUAAAUGCCUGCAUAUUCCCUGGGAGUAGGUUCCCAAAAACCCACUGCCGAGGAGUCGAUUCUGACUCAUAGCAACCCCACAGGACAGAGUAGCACUGCCCCCAUGGGGUUUCCAAGGCUGUAAAUCUUUAUGGAAGCAGACUGCCACGUCUUUUUCCCGCAGAGCAGCUGGUGGGUUCAAACCAACGACCUUUUGGUUAGCAGCCAAGGACUUUAACCACUAUGCCACCAGGGCUGCUUGGGAGUAGAUUAAUCACUUAGAAAAUGACGUUUAUUUUAUGAUGAUGAUGAUGAUAAAUAGAAGUAAUAACUGUAAUCUUUUUAUUACUUAUAACAUAUGGAAGAGGAGACAAACCUCAAGGCCUAGAUAAGUGGCGUGCCCAAGGUCAUGCCAAGUAAUGACCGAGUUGAGUCUAGGGCCCAGGUCUUUGACCCUUGUACGUUGUAAUCUGUCAGUUUUUGUAUUUUUUAAGUAUGAUGACUGUGCAAUAGGAAAUUUGGUGUGAGUGCAGAUUAUGUUACUCCAGAACCAUUGUGUGAUCACGAGAGUUUUCAGCUUGGAACCUGUGGCCCCUAUUUAAUGAGCCUCACAACGUCCCCCUUUAAGUAACCAUAACUUUCUUUCCACAGACAAAACAAAACUAACCAGGAGGGAAUAAAGUUGGAAGCUUUUUUCCUGGAGGAAAAGGACUCAUAUGAUUCUAGUGCCAUAUAUUGAAUGAGUUUAGAUGUGAGAACAAUCUUUACAGAUACAGUUACGCCCUGCCAAAAGUCUGUUUAUAAAACCAAAAACCGGAAGUGAAUAAUAAAUGAAGAAAGCAAUAUUUUGCAUUACUGAAGAAGUUCUUCUUUCUCUUUCCCCCCUGAACAGGAAGAAAAAAGCCUGAGACAGCAACAUAUGAAGACUGUGAAGAUAAUCUUGAAUAGCAAUGGUGAAUAGUCCUGCUGCUAGGCUCCUUCUGCAGAACGUCUGACAUGAACCUUUCUUACUGAUUGUUUUUAUUGGCCCAGAGCCAGAAGUAGUACUGGAUUUAGUUGACUCCAGGAUAAAAAGAAAGCAGUGCCGGUUAUUAUCAUAAACAUAUGAACCAGUGUGAUGGUGAAAUGAGAUGAGGCUCCGAAAUGGAACUGUAGCCACCGCGUUAGCGUUUAUCACCUCGUUCCUGACUUUGUCUUGGUAUAUUACAUGGCAAAAUGGGAGAGAAAAACUGAUUGCUUAUCAACGAGAGUUUCUUGCUUUGAAAGAACGUCUUCGAAUAGCUGAGCAUAGAAUCUCACAGCGUUCUUCUGAGUUAAACAGCAUUGUACAGCAGUUCAGACGUAUAGGAGCAGAAGCAAAUGGAAGUAAGGAUGCAGUGCAUAAAUUUUCAGAUACUACCCUAAAGCUGUUAAAGGAGUUAACAAGCAAAAAAUCUCUUCAAGUGCCAAGUAUUUAUUAUCAUUUGCCUCAUUUAUUGCAAAAUGAAGGCAGCCUCCAGCCUGCUGUGCAGAUUGGCAGCGGAAGAACAGGAGUUUCAAUAGUCAUGGGGGUCCCCACAGUGAAGAGAGAAGUUAAGUCUUACCUCACAGAAACUCUUCAUUCCCUUAUCGAUAAUCUGUAUCCUGAAGAGAAGUCGGACUGUGUUAUAGUAGUCUUCAUAGGAGAGACAGAUGUUGAGUACGUCCGCAGUGUUGUCGCCACCCUGGAGAGAGAAUUUUCUAAAGAAAUCAGCUCUGGCCUGGUGGAAGUAAUAUCACCUCCUGAAAGCUACUACCCUGACCUGACAACCCUAAGGGAGACCUUUGGAGAUUCAAAAGAAAGAGUACGAUGGAGAACAAAACAAAACCUAGAUUAUUGUUUCCUAAUGAUGUUCGCUCAGGAAAAGGGCACAUAUUACAUCCAGCUCGAAGAUGAUAUUAUUGUCAAACAGAAUUACUUUAAUACUAUAAAAAAUUUUGCACUUCAGCUGUCUUCUGAGGAAUGGAUGAUUUUAGAAUUUUCCCAGCUUGGCUUCAUUGGUAAAAUGUUUCAAGCGCCAGACCUCACUCUGAUCAUAGAAUUCAUAUUUAUGUUUUAUAAGGAGAAACCCAUUGAUUGGCUUCUGGACCAUAUUCUCUGGGUGAAAGUCUGCAACCCUGAAAAAGAUGCCAAACAUUGUGAGAGACAGAAAGCCAAUCUGCGAAUUCGCUUCAGACCUUCACUUUUCCAGCAUGUCGGUCUGCAUUCGUCUCUGACAGGGAAAAUUCAGAAACUCACGGAUAAAGAUUACAUGAAACCAUUACUUCUUAAAAUCCAUGUAAACCCACCUGCAGAGGUGUCUACUUCCUUGAAGGUCUACCAAGGACAUACACUGGAGAAAACUUACAUGGGGGAGGAUUUCUUCUGGGCUAUAACUCCCACAGCUGGAGACUACAUCUUGUUUAAGUUUGAUAAGCCAGUCAAUGUAGAAAGUUAUUUGUUCCAUAGUGGCAACCAAGAACAUCCAGGGGAUAUUCUGCUAAAUACAACGGUGGAAGUUUUGCCUUUUAAGAGUGAAGGAUUGGAAAUAAACAAAGAAACCAAAGACAAACAGUUAGAAGAUGGUUAUUUCAGGAUAGGGAAAUUUGAGAAUGGUGUUGCAGAGGGAAUGGUGGAUCCAAAUCUAAACCCCAUCUCUGCCUUUCGGCUUUCGGUUAUUCAGAAUUCUGCUGUUUGGGCCAUUCUCAAUGAGGUAAGGCGUGUGGUACAGGAAUCAAAGCCUGAGGUACUGUGUUGUUUGUAACCUUUUGAUUCUGUGUGUAAGAUCUUUUUGGAAUUGAGAAUUUACUGCUUUAUCAUACUUCUUUUUUCUAUUUCAGAUUCAUAUUAAAAAAGCCUCCAACUAAUCAUCUCCUAAGAACCGAUACAUUUUUUCCUGUGAAUUUGUUAAAGAUAGUUAAGCAUGUACUUUUUUUUUUUUUUUUACUUGAACACUACCUCUUGUGAAAUCUACUGUAGAUAAGAAGAUUGUCAUUUCCGCUUGGAAAGUGAAUCUCCCUUGGAUAAUUGUAUUCAUUUGAACCUAAGCUGUCCUCCAGUUUGAACUUGAUUCCAGCAUUUUACAGUUAUGACAGCCUGUUGAUAUGACUUGUACUAUUUUGGUAUUAUACUAAUACAUACAAGUUGUACAUAUUGUUACAUUCCUUAAAUUGGGAAAAAAUCAAGGUUAAAUACAUUUUAUGAAGGGGGUACUUUUGAAGUUCAUUUAUUUUCUAUUAUAGACCCUCUUUUAUAGAUUAUCAGGGAUUAUAUAUAUAAAAAUAUAAAUAUACAGAAAAAUGUUAUGGAGUUAAUUUAUUAGAAACACUUAAGAAGUACAUAUUUUUGUGCAGUAAAUUUUUGAAUUGAUACUUUUUUUGAAAACCAGUUACCUUGCUUUUUUAAGUUCUUUCUAUAUUUUCCUUUGGAGAUGUAAACAUUACAACUUAAUGCCAUUUUUCAGAUGCACUGCCAUUAAGAGUGAUUCUAGAUUGAUUUCCUAACUGAAGUGCUUUUAUAAUCAGUGAUUCUGAACAAAAUAUUUUCAAAGGCGUUUGUCAUUCCUUAAAGCCAAGAUUUUAAAGACCAGUGUCCUUCCUGAGUGCUGAUCCACUGUACUGUGUAUGGUGGAUAGCCGCAGAAAGUCGGUCUGACACCUAGUGGUGCACAGGUGUGAUGCACUCAUCCUUAAUGAGACCUAACUCGCCAUGUUUCCCUCUGGUAUGUAAAAUGACAGACUCUUCUUUCCUUUUUAAUCAUUGUCUUUAAUCCAUGAGUAGAUGCAUUGGUUCUUUUCUUGUUCAUUCUCUUUUAUCUGCACACAUGUUACGAGUUCUGAGAAAAUGUUUUCUAGGAAAUGCUGCUGUAUGAAUCAUAAGAUAAUUGGUAUAAUUUUAAAGAAAAAUAAACUUGUAAUAUUGGUUUUUGGUGAAAGGUAUUGUAGCAAUUGUAUGUUUUACCAAAAUAAUUAUUCCAUUACAUUAUGAACUUACAAGAAAA